GCGGCCUGUGGAAGCGCCGCGCUCUGCUCCGCGCCGGCCGCCCGCGGCGCCGCCAUGUACCCGGCCUGGGGCCUUUACGGGGCGGCGGGGCACUACCCGCCGCCGCCCACCUCCAUCCCGCCGCCGCCGCUGCCCAUCCCUCCGCCCAGCGUGCCGCCGCCCGCCGUGCCGCCGAUGCCGCUGCCCAGCUACCCGCCGCCGGGCCCCGCGCCCGCCGCCGCUGCGCCGCCGCCUCCCGGCGGCACCUCGGGCUUCCUCAGCCUGCAGGAGCAGCACCUGGCGCAGCUGCAGCAGCUACAGCAGAUGCACCAGAAGCAGCUGCAGUCCGUACUGCUGGGGCCGCCGCCGCCGCCGGGGCCGCCCCCCCCGGGGCUGCCGCCGCCGCCGCUGCCCGGCUCCUUCCCGGACUGGCAGCAGCCGCCGCCCACCGUGCCGCCGCCGCCGGUGCGCAGCUACCAGAAGCAGUUCUCCCACCGCGAGCCGCCCCCCGCCGCCCGCAAGCCGCCCCCCGCCGCCGCUUCCCGGGAGCGCGACGGCGCGGAGCCGCCCGCCGGGCACGGAGAGUGGGGAGAGCCCGCUCCUUCCGAGCCCGUGCCCAUGGACAUGGAGCUGUCGUCGCCGCCGCAAUCCCCGCAGCCCGCCGCGCAGCCCUACCUGCCCGCGCAGCCCUACCUGCCGCCGCCCGCCUCCUCCCCACCGCCCCAGCCCUACCUGCCCCGCCCGCAGGCCUCGCAGCCGCCGCCCGCCUUCUCCGAGCCGCCCCCCUCCUACCUGGAGCCCCCCCCGAGCGGCGCCGCGCCGCCCUUCCUGCCGCCCCCCGCGCAGCCCUACCUGCCCCCCCCGCAGCCCUACCUGCUGCCUGCGCAGGCCUCUCCCUCACAGUCCGCUCCGCCCGGGCCCGCCGCCAAAGCCGCCCAGCCCCGCUUCACCCCCCCGCCCGCCGCCCUGCCCGAGGGAGGCUCGGAGGGAGGCACGGAGCAGCGCGGCACCCCGCAGCCCGACCCGGCUACGAUGACGCCCCAGGAACAGCAGCAAUACUGGUACCAGCAGCACUUGCUUAGUCUACAGCAAAGAGCAAAAGCCCAUGCUCAGGGACAGCAGCAAAUGAAAGGCCCAGGAGUAGGGAAGGAUUCAUCUGAGCAGAGAGCAAAAUCUGAAGAAGGGAAAAUGAGUGCUUCAACUCCGCAGUCUGAACCUCCUCCGCUUAAUGAAUCCUUGCCUCCACCAUCUAAGGAAGAUGAGUCUUCUCUUACAUCCACUGAAACUCAGCUUAAUAUUGAUCCUCCUGAUGACCCUGAGGAAGAUUUGAGACUGCAGCAGUUGCAAGCAGCAGCAGCUCAAUGGCAGCAGCAUCCCCAUCACCGAGUUGGAUUUCAGUACCAGAGAAUAAUGCAGAAGCAUGCCCAGCUGCAGCAGAUAGUACAGCAGUAUCAACAGAUCAUGCAACAGCCUCCACAUCUGCAGACAAUGUCAGCGGAGAUGCAGCUGAGACAUUAUGAAACACAGCAAAAACAGUUCCAGCAGCUUCAUAAAGACUGGGAGCGAUCAAUGAACCAACAGUGGCAGCAUCAGCUUCAAACAUAUCCUCAUAAAGACCAACUUCAGGAGUAUGAGAAACAGUGGAAAGCAUGGGAUGAACAGAUGAAGGUCACUCAGUCCCAUCUGCAGGAGAAAGUGAGCUCACUUCAAAACUUGAAGAAUCAGUAUCCUGCAAAUGUUUCACUUCCACCUCCAUUUGUUCCGUAUUCCCAAUCUGCUCAGGGUGGCAUUCCAGUUAUGCCUCCAACUUUGCCUUCAACUACACCUCCACUGGUUCCCCCACCUCUGUCGUCUGUAUCUCAGUUAUCCAACUCCUCCUCUGUCCCUUCAGGAUCCAGUUCUCAAAGCAGUCAAUCUACUGAAACACCAAGGCCAGCUCUACUUCCCACUCCUGGUACCUAUGCAUCAAAAAUAUCUAGUUCACCUGUGUAUUCAGCUUACCAUUCUCAAGGAAGUUCAUCCUUCAGCUCUUCAGACCAUGGAAAGUCUCAAGUUCACCAUAAUAAACAAACUGAGCAAGGAUGUGGGGAACUGAAAACCCCUUCUGCGUUGUCUUCAACAUACACACCUACCAUGCAGGAUAAACCAGUGAGAUCAGGUGGAUUGCUUCCAGAUCCUCCCAGAUCAGCACGUUUCGAAGGUCCCAGAGGUCCUCGAUUUGAUGGACCUCGAGGAAGAGGAUAUGACAAAUUUGAAGGCUCAAGACCAAGAGGUCCCCGUUUCGACUCCCAGCGCACAGAAGGACACAGGUCACGUUUUGACCGACAGAAUACUGACGGACAGCAUACAAGUAGAUGGGGCAAUAUCCCACGUGGACCAGCAGGACAAUUUUAUACUUCUCAAAAUACAUCACAUGCACAUGGUUCUCGACCUGGUGGUCCACGGUGGAGGGGGCCUAGGCCUCAUUUAGGACAGCAGCAGUCACAAACAGACUCAAGAUCAGAAAACAAAGAGCCUUUUACAGACGUAGCUGGCAAUCAGCAGACUGUAAGUGGAACGCAAUCGCCUCCUGACGUGAAGAGUACCAGUUCCGUUGAGCCAAAUGAAGACCUUGCAAACACUCAACAGGAGCCAUCCAAAGCUGAAGUCAAAGAAACCACUUCAGACCCUCCUAAAAAGUGGACGUGGAGUUCACAUGAUCCUAACGAGCAAGUAGAAGAGUCCAAAGCAAGUACUUCACCUAUUCCAAACCAGAAUUCAACAUCCCUUUCUAGCAAUUCUGUAGCUUUGCAGUCAGGUGUUGCAAGGACAGGAGGUGCAGUAACCCCUGUAACAGGAAAUGAGGAUCUGGAUUCCACAGACAGUCAAUUGCUUGAUUCACAUAGUACCCAGGGCUUACCUGGGCCAGAAGGCAGAGGGAAAGGGUCUUUUAUGCAUGAAGAUAGAGGCAAGGGGCAUAUAAACAGAGGAAGAGGACAGGGCAGAGGGCAGGGAGAUGGCCGUGGCUGGGGAAUGGGCCGUGGCCGAGGCAUGGGCAGGAUGGAUGGCCGAGGAAUGGGCAGGAUGGACGGCGGCCGGGGAAUGGGAAGAAUGGACGGUGGCUGGGGAAUGGGCAGGAUGGACGAUGGCCAUGGCUGGGGAAUGGGCAGGAUGGACGAUGGCCGUGGCAGAGGAUAUGUGUACAGAGGGAGAGGGCAGGCUAGGCAGGCAUCCAUCCGUGGCAGGGGCAUGUUCAGGAGAGCAGGCAGCAGGGAAAGGAUGCCAGAUGGGCGGUCAGGGAGCAGGGAGAGGAUGCCAGAUGGACGAUCUGGCAGCCGAGAGAGGACGAUGGGUGGCCAGUCUGAUAGCCGGGAGAGGGUGAUGUCUAGCCGAGAUAGAGAGCUAGCUGGGCGGCCAGGCAGCCGGGAGAGGGGACAGAGGGCAGGCAGCAGGGAAAGAGGCCCUGUCAGGCGGGCAGGCAGCAGGGAGAGGGAGCCCAUGCGGCGGGCCGGCAGCAGGGAAAGAGUCCCUAUCAGGCGUGCUGGCAGCAGGGAGAGGGUCCUUGUCAGGAGGGCAGGUAGUCGUGAGAGAGGUCCUGUCAGGAGGGCGGGUAGUCGUGAGAGAGGUCCUGUCAGGAGGCCAGAUAGCCGGGAGAGGGAAACAGGAGGCGAUAUGGAUAAACCAAGUCACCUAGGAGAUGACCCUGACAACAUGCCUCCUUACCAUCGAGAUGAGACACUCAGGGGUUCUUGGAGUCAUGAAGAUGAGAGAAUGCAUGAGGAAUUUCCUUUGGAUAGUAGAGAUGACCCUUCGAUGGAGCAUGAGCAUUUGGAUGACUGGGAAAGAGAACAAUACUGGAGAGAUCAGAACUCUGAUUAUCGGGAUGAUUCUGUAGAUCCAUAUGAUAGAGAUGACAGGCUGCCAUCUCACCAUUCAAUGCCUCCAUUAUCUCCACUACCAGCACUACCUCAUUUAUCAUCUGAUCAUGACAGACGAGAUUCAUGGUGGGAUGACUGGAAAAGGCCAAGGGAGAGGGAACUAGAGAGAGAUCUAGAUAGAACUGGGAGAUCCUCAGACAUUUACGAUCAAGAUUUGGACAGAGAAUGGGAUAAUAGAGACUGGGACAUGAGACCUAUGGAUGACAGAGAAACGGGGAAUCGUGACCUGGAUAUUCCACCACUACCACCCCUUCCACCUCUGGACAGAUAUCGUGAAGACAGGUGGAGAGAGGAUAGGAAUAGAGACCAUUAUGACAGAGACCUCCGAGACAGAGGUGAGCUGAGAAUUCGAGAGUAUCCGGAGAGAUAUGACACGUGGCGGGAGAAACAGGACUUUGUUCCUGAAAGGAACGAUUGGGAGAGGGAACGGUUGUCAGAUAGGUGGUAUCCAGACGAUGGAGACAGAGUGAGGUCUUUGGACGGUCAGCUGGAUUCAUCCCUUCUUCCACCUUCACAUUCCUCUGAUAUGCUGGGAACAGAUUCCAACCUGGACUCAGAACAGUCCUUGGGGGGAGUGAUGGUCCUGAGCCAAAGACAGCAUGAAAUAAUUCUGAAAGCUGCCCAGGAGCUCAAAAUGCUUCGAGAGCAAAAAGAACAGCUGCAGAAGUUGAAAGAAUUUAAACCUGACAUUUCCACGCAAGACUCUCCAAGAUCACAGAACACAGGCACAAGACCGGGUGCCUUUCAGGUCUCUUCUCAGCUAUCUUCAGAGGCAACAUUAGAAGCCCAAGCUAUUAAACCUUCUCCUGCUGUUAUUAUAAAGCCUCCCGUGUUGUUCAGACAGCCCACCCCUGUGACAAGACCAACUGCCCCACUGGCAAGGCCUGCUACAGCUAUGACAAGGCCACAUACUCCAGUUUCUACUCCAACUACAACCCCAAGUCAUGGUCAGUCUUUAAAACCAUCACCUUCUGCUGUGGAACAGGAACGCUGGGAUGAGGAUUCUUUCCACGGACUCUGGGACACAAAUGAAGAUAAAGGAGCAAAUAUGGAAUAUGAAUUACGUAAACAGGAUUCAAUGAUGCCUCCACCAGUAUCCUCGCCUGUGAAAGUACCUGCUGUUCACACCCCUGUUCCGUCAGCUGUACCAGGAACACUGCCUCCAGUUAUUCCACCGGUUCCUAAAGCACCUGUAAUUCAGCAAACUGUGGAUUACGGCCAUGGACGAGAUAUAACCACCAGUAAAGUGGAACAGAUUCCAUAUGGGGAGAGGGUAACUCUGCGUCCAGAACCUCUACCGGAGAGGCAAACAUUUCAAAAAGAGCACCCUGGUCGUUAUAAUAGAGAAAGAGACCGUGAGCCCUAUUUUGAGCGUCAAGGCAACUCAAAUGUGGAUCACAGGGAUUUCAAGAGAGAGCGGGAAUUACACAGAGAGCGUGGUUCUGUGGACUAUGACCGAGAGAGAUUUGAAAAAGAGCGUCAUCCCCGAGAUGAUAGGGUUGUUCCUACUGCGCCUUCAAGGACUCCAUCUUACCGUGACAAGAAAGACCAUCCCUCCUCCAGGAGGGGUGGAUUUGACAGACCACCAUAUGAAAGAAAGACAGAUCGUCCAGCAUAUGAUCAUGGGCCGUCCAUGUUUGGAGAAAAUUCUUCUGUCCAAUCACUGGAAUUUGAAGGUGAUCGUAGAAAUUACCCCGACGAAAGGAUUCCUAUUUCUGCUCCAUCAAUGCCCCGUCAGCCACCACCUGCUCCACGAGUGGAAAGGAAGCCAGAAUCUAAAAAUGUAGAUGAUAUUUUGAAACCACCAGGACGAGACAGCAGGCCAGAGAGGAUUGUAAUCAUCAUGAGAGGGUUGCCUGGCAGUGGAAAGACACAUGUAGCAAAACUCAUCAGGGAUAAGGAAGUAGAGUGUGGAGGACCUGCACCAAGGGUGCUCAGCCUGGAUGAUUAUUUCAUCACUGAAGUAGAAAAGGAAGAGAGAGACCCAGAUACAGGGAAAAAAGUAAAAAAGAAGGUGAUGGAAUACGAAUAUGAAGCUGAUAUGGAAGAGACUUACCGUACCAGCAUGUUUAAAACUUUCAAAAAGACAUUGGAUGAUGGCUUCUUCCCCUUCAUUAUCCUUGAUGCUAUCAAUGAUAGAGUGAGACAUUUUGAGCAGUUUUGGAGCGCAGCAAAAACCAAAGGUUUUGAGGUGUACUUGGCUGAAAUGAGUGCAGAUAACCAGACCUGUUCCAAGAGGAAUAUUCAUGGACGCAAGCUAAAGGACAUCAGCAGGAUGUCUGAUCACUGGGAGGCAGCACCACGGCACAUGAUGCGCCUGGACAUUCGUUCUUUGUUGCAAGAUGCUGCUAUUGAGGAGGUGGAGAUGGAGGACUUUGAUGCAAAUAUUGAAGACCAGAAAGAAGAAGCCAAAAAGGAUACAACAGAGGAAGAAGAGUGUGAACUGGGUUACAUUCCGAAAAGCAAAUGGGAGAUGGACACUUCUGAGGCAAAGCUAGACAAGCUGGAUGGUUUGCGGACUGGCACUAAAAGGAAACGUGACUGGGAAGCAAUUGCCAGCAGAAUGGAAGAUUAUCUGCAGCUUCCAGAUGACUAUGAUACACGUGCUUCUGAACCUGGAAAGAAGAGGGUGCGGUGGGCAGACCUAGAAGAAAAGAAAGAUGCAGACAGGAAAAGGGCCAUUGGUUUUGUUGUUGGACAAACAGACUGGGAGAAGAUAACAGAUGAAAGUGGUCAUCUUGCAGAAAGAGCCCUCAACCGCACCAAGUAUAUAUGAAAAAGUGGUUAAGUGGAAUUUUGUGCCUUUAAGGCCACUUGCUCUGAGGAGAUGUGAACCAAGGUGUCAUGAGCAUCUUGCAUGGGUCAUGUCACUCCCACCUUCACUGUUUUCAUUUGUUGUUUUAGUUUCAGCAAUUUUUUGAGAUGUUGGCAUAUACCCAAUGCCCUCAAAAAAAAAAUAUAUGUAUAUCCCACUGCUCCUAAAUGAGAGAAACAGUUUACUUUUUAAUAUUUUUUGGAGGGGAGGGGAGGGAGAGGGCCAGUAGUUUUAGCUGCUGUUAGUGGGAUAAAGUGGAAGGAUUAGACGGAUGUUACCUCCACUGUACUGUCACAAUGUUUUAUCACCUUUGCUUUGUUGCUGUUCUCGUUUUAUACUGUAUGUACCUUGUAGCUUAUUGUAUUAGGAAGCAGAACAAUAAAUUUCACUAUAAACUC